AUGGAUUUAUCUGAGGUUAACCCAACCUGGAGCCUGGAGUCUCCUCAAAUGUCCAUCGAUGAAAAUUCCCAGGCAAUUCCAGUUGCCUCUCAAAUUAUGUCUGAAGUGUUAGUAAAGAAGCUCAGUAACUUGACGCUCAACCCUAGUAUCAAAUUGCCCUUCAUUCUACCAGAAUGUCUACCUCAACCGACUGGGUGGUUACUUGGUGAAAACAUACCCUGUAGGAGAGGGGUGACGACCAUGUUAACUGAUCGGAGAGAUAAGAUGGAGCGGCUGAUUCAAUCUAUUAAAAAGCGCUACUGCAAAGGAGUUUCUCGGUCUGACUCUCAAAGAGAACCACUGCAGAACGACGUUGAGACUCCCUCAAGAGUGCAAAGAUUUAGAUGCAGCUGUCGUUUUUGCCAGUCUAAUAGAGAUCCUUCUGAGGAUAAUUAUGAGAAUUAUUACACCAAUAAGUAUUACAGUAAUUAUGACACGGAGUCGGAUGAGCCAUAA